AUGACUCCACCUCCUUCCAUCCUGGAAGGCUCAUUCAACAUUCAGAACUUCACCUUUGUGCACCUGAAAGUGAAAUCCCAAGCCCUGCAGUUUCAGGAGUACCCCGGCGGGCAGAGAGCCCCGUACCCCGGCGGGCAGAGAGCCCGCACCCCGGCGGGCAGAGAGCCCCGCACCCCGGCGGGCAGAGAGCCCCGCACCCCGGCGGGCAGAGAGCCCCGCACCCCGGCGGGCAGAGAGCCCCGCACCCCGGCGGGCAGAGCCCCGCACCCCGGCGGGCAGAGCCCCGCACCCCGGCGGGCAGAGACCCGCACCCCGGCGGGCAGAGACCCCGCACCCCGGCGGGCAGAGCCCCGCACCCCGGCGGGCAGAGCCCCGCCGCGCCGCCCGGUGCCCCCGCAGCCCCGGCGGGGCUCGCUCCCUCCCCGCGCUGCCCCGCGGCCUCUCCCGCCGCCGCGGCCCACCCACCUCGGCGGGCUCUACACCAUCCGCGGCGGCUCCGGGGCGCUGCCGGGACAAAGCGGCGGCGGCGGCGGCGGCGGCAGCGGCGGCGGCGCGGGGGGAGCGAGCGGCGGGGAGCCUCAGCAGCGGCAGCCCAGGGGCAUCUUCGCGGGGAACAAGGAGGGGACGGAGGAGGAGGAGGAGGAGGAGGAGGAGGAGGAGGAGCCGCGGCCGGUCCCGCGCUGCCCCCGCCCGCCCCGGCCCUGCCGCACGCACGCACCGCGGGCGCCCAGCAACGCCGCCGGCCGCGCGCCCCGCCAGUAUCGCCGCACGCCAUUGGCCGCCGCGCCGCGCCGCGCCAGCCCGCCGGCCAAUGGCGGCGCGGGAUGGAGGGGAUUUAAACCCGAGGGGAGGCGGCGCCGCGCACAAAGGCGGCCGUGA